AUGUCGAACUUAAAAGUUGAUCUCACGGCCCCUAACGGCAAGAAAUUCACCCUUCCUACCGGCUUAUUCAUCAACAACGAAUUCGUGAAAUCAAGCCAGAACCUCAAGAUUACGAGUAUCAACCCAACGAAUGAACAAGAGAUCUGUACAGUUGAGGCUGCGAGUUCCGAAGACAUUGACCGCGCGGUGGCUGCUGCUAGGGCCGCAUUAAAUCAUGAAUCAUGGCGCGAUAUCACCGGAACUGAACGCGGUAGGAUGAUGUUCAAAUUUGCGGACUUGAUCGAACAGGAGAAAGAGAUCCUAGCCACCAUCGAGACAUGGGAUAAUGGCAAACCAUUUAGUUCCUCUAUGGGUGACCUAGAAAGCGUCAUCGAGACAAUUAGGUAUUACGCUGGUUACGCCGAUAAGAUUCACGGUGAAACUAUUCCUACGAUAAGUCAGAAAUUUGUCUACACGUUGAAACAACCCAUCGGCGUUUGCGCUCAGAUCAUCCCAUGGAACUACCCUCUGGGUAUGGCUUCUUGGAAACUUGGACCUGCACUGUCCUGUGGAAAUACUAUCGUUAUGAAACCUGCAGAGCAAACCCCAUUAUCCAUUCUGUACCUAGCGAACCUCAUCGUCAAGGCAGGGUUUCCUCCCGGAGUUGUCAAUAUAACCAACGGAUAUGGCCGAGAUGCUGGUCAUACAUUAGCCAGUCAUCUAGGCGUUGACAAGAUCGCCUUCACCGGUUCAACCGGGACCGGAAAGCAGAUCAUGAAGACUGCUAGCAUCAACAUGAAGAACAUCACACUUGAGACUGGAGGAAAAUCGCCGUUAUUGGUCUUCGGAGAUGCUGAUAUUGAACAAGCAGCGAAAUGGGCUCACGGUGGAAUUAUGAGCAACAUGGGACAAAUCUGCACAGCAACUUCGCGACUGCUCGUCCAAGACACCGUAUAUGAAAAGUUCGUGAACGUGUUCCGAGAGGUAGUUAAAACAACUAGCAAAGUCGGAGAUCCCUUUGCGGAAGACACCUUCCAAGGCCCCCAGGUAACGAAAUCACAGUACGACAGGAUCUUGGAUUUCGUGGAAUCGGGUAAGACAGAAGGCGCCACACUGACGGCCGGAGGUAUCCCUUGCCCGCUGAAUGGGAAGGGCUAUUUCAUUGAACCCACCAUCUUCACUAACGUAAAGGAAAAUAUGAAGAUUUACCGAGAAGAAGUAUUCGGCCCAUUCGUUGUCAUCGUGCCCUUCAAGACGGAAAAGGAAGCAAUCGCGAUGGCGAACGAUACCACAUAUGGGCUUGGUGCGGCCGUUCACACAAAGGAUAUCGAGCUUGCCCACCGCGUAGCCGCGCGCAUCGAAGCAGGUAUGGUCUGGAUCAAUUCGUCGAACGACUCCGAUUUCCGCGUACCGUUCGGAGGCGUGAAGCAGAGUGGUAUCGGCCGAGAGUUGGGAGAGGCCGGUCUAGCGGCGUACACGCAAACUAAGGCUAUUUAUGUGAACUUGGGUCAGAAGAUUUAA